UAUAUAGAUUCUUUUUAAUUAAAUCGGCAAUAAUGAAACGAAAUAUUGCUCGUAAAAUAUUCGCUUUUCUUAUAUAAAACGGCAUGACGCGUUACCACUCUCUAUCUGAACUCUCUAGUUUACUGGGGGAUAUUCCAUUCAAGUCCAUUCGAGUUAGUUACCUAAGUGACACGUGAUUCGUUCGUUUCAAGAAGUUUAGCCGAAAUGGACGCACUUUUGAAAAAAUUGGCUGUAGAGCUCUACGAUAUUCAGGCCGUAAAAUUUGGAGAUUUUAAAACAAAAAUCGGCCUAAGGACGCCGGUAUAUUUUGACUUACGUGUAAUAAUUUCCUAUCCGAAAUUAAUGUCUACAUUAACAAAAACUUUGUGGGGAUUAUCGGAGGAUUCAACAAAAGUGUCCCGAAUCUGUGGAGUUCCAUACACUGCACUGCCAUUCGCCACUUUGAUAUCAGUGGAGAAAGAAAUUCCCAUGUUAAUGAAGAGACAAGAAGCAAAGACACACGGUACGAAGAAGCUAAUCGAAGGUGUCUUCUCGCCUGGUGACAAUUGUGUAAUCAUCGAGGACGUCAUCACGAGCGGCAGUAGUAUUCUAGAAACUGUUGACGCUUUGAAAAAGGAGAAUCUAAAUGUGACAGAGGCGUAUGUGGUAAUCGAUAGGGAACAGGGUGGCAAGAAGAAUCUCGAGAAUCAUGGAAUCAAAGUCAAGAGCCUGUACAUGGUUACGCAACUUAUGGACUACCUUGUCGAAGCUGGAAAAAUUACUCCUGAAAUAGUCACAGAUGUUAAAAAUUAUUUAGCAAAGAAUCGUGCACCGAGCGUUUCUAUUCAAGGUAUUCGAGAUGACAGACUGAAACUGCCAUAUGCUAAACGGGCAAAACUAACGACGAAUUCAUUGACCGUGAAGCUGCUGGAGUUAAUGGAAUCGAAACAAACCAAUCUCUGCCUGGCGGCCGAUCUGAAGAAAACAGAUGAAAUUUUAAAAUUAGCAAAUAUAGCGGGACCUCACAUCGCUGUACUGAAGAUCCACGUGGACAUUAUAGAAGAUUUCAACGAUAGCUUCGUUCAACAGCUCCAAAAACUGGCAAGACAGCACAGAUUUCUAUUGAUGGAGGAUCGCAAAUUUGGUGAUAUCGGCAACACGGUAUCAUUACAGUACAGAUAUGGUUUAUACAAGAUUGCCGAAUGGGCCGAUUUGAUUACGGUGCAUCCGGUGUCGGGUGCAUCUGUUAUCAACGCAUUAAAGAAAAGUCUGGAAAACAUCACCGAACCCCGUGGUAUUUUCCUGGUUGCCGAGAUGUCGUGCGAGGGUGCGUUGACCACCGGCGAUUAUCUGAAGAGCGCGGUCUCAAUGGCGGAAGAAGCCUCUGAUUUGGUUAUAGGCCUCGUGUGCCAAUCCAAUCUCUUGACGCAACCUGGUUUACUUCAAUUAACUCCUGGCGUUAAAAUAUCGAAAAAUGGCGAUGGAUUAGGUCAGCGAUACAAUAAUCCGCGAUCAGUUAUUAAUGCAGGUGCUGAUUUAGCAGUUGUUGGCAGAGGUAUCAUAGAUGCAUCCCAUGAUUAUUUGAAAGCUACUUUAGAAUAUAAAAAGGAACUUUGGAGUGCUUAUGAGGAACGAAUAAACACACUGUGAUAAUAAUAUAUAUACUAAUCUAAUAACAUAUAAUUCAGAAAUUAUUUUUGUGCAAACAUAAUUUCUAUCUCAUAAUUAAUUAAUUUUUAUCUUUUGUUUCUAAAUCGAUUUUGUUUUCCUUUCUUGACAAACAUUGCAUUUUUAAUGUUUUACAGACUUUUGCAACUGAUUUUUUUUAAUAAAAUAAAAGAUAUAGAGCAUUUAUAUUUGAUAUCAUAUAUAAAUAUACUACAAAUUUGUCAUACAUAAAUAUAUAAAUAUAUUCUUAUAUAUCUUUUAAUAUUUAAAUAAUAUAAUAAUAAAAAUUUAAGAUAAAAUUAUUCGUUAUGAUUUUUUGUUAGCUACUAUAAGUAUAUAAAUAAUAGAUAAUAUAAUCUAUAGAUUAUAAUACAAUAAUGUAAAAAAUUCUAAAACUAUACUUUUGUCUAAGCAUUUAUUUUUGCUAAAAUAUAUAUCAAUUAUAUCU